AUGCGCUUUGAAACUUUCAAAGAAGCAAAGGACUUCGACAAUGUCUAUGCAAAGCACGCGGGUUUUGCUAUCAGGGAAGGCUCCAAGGUUGAGACCAGAGUCUACCUUUAUUGCACGUGCUAUGGAUUCUAUGAAUUGAAGGUGUCAGAAGCAAAUAGACAGUGGAACAAGAUGACAGCCAGGACUAACUGCGGGGCUAAAAUGAGGCUGAAGAGGGAAAAGGAUGGAACACUUGUCGUAAAAGAGAUAGUCUGGGAACACAACCAUAGGCUACAACUCACCCCCCAAAUGCUUGUCUUCUUGCACUCCCACAAAAACUUUUACAAAACAAUCUUGGACUACGUCAAGUACCUGCAGUUCAAAGGCAUUGAACACGCGCAAAUCAUGAGCAUACUGGGAGGCGAUGACCCCGGUAGCUACUUCCUCGAAAUGAAUACCAAAGACCUGAUUAACCUCAAAGUAAAGAAUUCAAGGAUGGAUGAUGUGGACGAUGUCCUAAAGACUGCCAACUUGUUUAGGGAGAUGAAAGCUAUAAACAUGGAAUUCUUCUGUGACAUGCAACUUGAUGAGUCCGACAGAGUUAAGAACAUAUUUUGGGCGAACGCAAGCUGCCAAGGGGCGUAUCAGGACUUCAGUGACCGCACUACAUUCUUUGGUUUCGCCCUGAUAAGAGAUGAGGAUGCAGAUUCAUUCAGAUGGUUGUUCAAGACAUUUUUAAGUUGCAUGAGAGGGAAGGCUCAUACAUGCAUCCUCACAGACCAGUGCCCGACAAUGGCUUUGGCGAUCCCAGAUGCUUUCAAGAACACAGUACACAAGCUGUGCCGCUGGCACAUUAUGAAGAAGUACAGGGAACACCUCGCAUACCUGUACAACCUGCACAAAGACUUUAAGGAUGAAUUCACAUCAAUCCUCAACUGGCCCCUCAUGCCAACUGAGUUUGAGGCUGCCUGGAAAGGACUCAUGGAUAGGUACAACCUCCAUGAUGAUGUCAUGAUGGUGGCCAUGUGGAACGAGCGUGAGAGAUGGAUAUCAGCCUACUUCAAAGAAAUUUUCUGCGCCAAAAUGACAUCCACACAACGAAGUGAGAGCAUGAACUAUGUGCUUAAGAGGAACUUUAUGGCAAAGGUUUACUCACGAGCUGUGUACAGUGAGAUCAGAAAAAGGCUAAAACUAAGCAUACUCUUCACGGCGACAGAGAUGGACGAGCCCACAAAGUACCUCAUGCGCUACAACAACCCGCAAAAACUGUCUGCGUGGUCUCAGCACGCUUUCCAGGUGGUUGCAGACCCAGUGGGAGAAAUAUAUGAAUGCGAGUGCAAGCUAUGGGACCACACAGGUAUUUUCUGCGUGCAUGUCCUGUGCAUGAUGCAGACAAUUAAGGCUGCCAGCGUUCCAGAGAAAUACAUCCUCAGGAGAUACACCAAACGCCCGAACAUCCAGCCAACAUUCAACAGAAAUGACUUGAGGACAGUAGCGUCAAACAAGGCCUCCCAAUACUGCAUUGAAAGCUCACUACUGACGCUGAACAUGAGGGUGCACAGAAAAAGCUUGAGAAGCCAAGAGCAAAUGGCGAGGUCGCGGGUCGUCAUGGACAAACUUGAACAAGAACUCAACGCCAUGCAUUCUGCUGGAAAUGGAGGUGUCGCGGACAAUGAAGCCAUUGAGCGGGAUAUUGCUACAAUGUUAUCCGAGAUGAACCAUCUGGGAGCUAUUGACCCAUCCGACAACAAGGAAGAUGAGCAACAGCAACCAGAGCUUGCCCAUGUGCACACUCAAGAGCAGCAACAUGCUCACAUGCAAGAUCAUGAGCUUGAUGGUGCUGUAGGCGAACGACAUGACAACAGGGGAUCCUACCAGCAGCAGCAGGGAAGGGUAAUUAAACCACCCAUAUUCUCAAACACAAACGGGAGGAAGAGUAAGACGCAAGCAGCGAAAGCAGCAGCCAAAAAGCCGCCAUGCCCCAUCAGGCGCGUGGAAUUUGGCCCGGACGGCAAACCUCUCGGGAUAAGGGCAUGCGGAUUCUGCAACGUCGUGACCAACCAUAAUUACCGCACAUGCCCACACCGCACAUAUGCCAUUGUCAACAAGCAAAAGUUGCAGAAGAAGAUUGGAGCUGCCCAGGUUUCUACCAAUGGAGACGACACAGUAACAGCUACACUUGCCGCAAUGGGCAAGGAGCUCAGUGGCGCUGAAUCGAAAGAGGGCAAGGUCCAGAGUUCCAAAAAAUCAAAUGAAGAGGAUGAAGAAGAAGAGUUUGAAGAGAAUGAUGACCAAUCAGACGAAGACAAUGAAGAUGACAGUAUUGGGGACGAGGAAACUGAAACCGACGAUGAAGCUGCCAAGGCUCAACCAGGAAAGGGCGCCGGCAAGGGACAACAUUCGGGGCUAGUUAGGAGGAGCUCAAGGCUGAAGAAUCCGUAG